AUGCCCAACUUUGUCGUCCUCGGAGCCGGCGUCAGCGGCCUCACCUGCGCACUGCAGCUGGCCAAGCAGGAGGGCAACGUGGUGACGGUGGUGGCCAAGCACAUGCCUGGCGACUACGACAUUGAGUACACGUCGCCGUGGGCCGGCGCCAACUUCCUUCCCAUGGCCCUGGAAGCCGGCAGCCGCUACGAGAGGCGGACGUGGCCCGAGCUGAAGCGGCUCGCGGCCGAGGUGCCCGAGGCGGGCAUCCAUUUCCAGAAGGUGCACGUGAUGCGCUGCAAGAAGGACGAGCCGACGGGGUUCCGGCUGGCGCUGUCGGACGGCCUGUUCGCGCCAGACCCAUGGUACAAGGCAGUGGUGGACGACUACCGGGAGCUGCCGGCCAGCGAGCUGCCGGCCCACAUGCACUCGGGGGCCGAGUGGACGUCGGUGUGCAUCAAUACGACCAUGUAUUUAUGCUGGCUGGCGGGGCAGUGCGCGGCGCGCGGCGUGGUGCUGAAGCGCGCCGUGGUCGGCCACGUGGCCGAGGCGGCCGGGCUCGCCGAAGGGGGCGGUAGGCGGGCCGACGUGGUGAUCAACGCGACGGGGCUGCUGGCGUGCCGGCUCGGCGGCGUCAUGGACGCGGCCGUGUACCCGGCGCGGGGCCAGACGGUGCUGGUGCGCAACGAGAACGCCAACACCAUGUACGCGGCCAGUGGGACCGACCAUGGUGCGGACCAGCUGUGCUACACCAUGACACGGGCGGCCGGUGGCGGGACCAUCCUGGGCGGCACGUACGAGAAGGGCAACUGGGACCCGAACCCGGACCCGAACACGGCCGUGGCCAUCAUGAAGCGGGCCGUCGAGGCGCAGCCGCAGCUGGCGGGCGGGCGCGGCAUCGAGGGCCUCGACGUCAUCCGCCACGGCGUGGGCCUGCGCCCGGCGCGCGAGGGCGGCGUGCGCAUCGAGAAGGAGCUCAUCAACGGCGUCUGGGUCGUCCACAACUACGGCCACGCCGGCUGGGGGUACCAGGGCAGCUACGGCUGCGCCGAGCACGUCCUCGAGCUGGUCGACGAGAUUGUCGCCAAUACCAAGUCCAAGCUGUAG